ACUAUCGAUUAUGUUUUGUUUUAGUCUUGUUUGUACUACUUGCAAAUUCUGGGUUUAUAUUAGUCUCAUUAAAAAUGGUUUGCUCAAGGCUAUGUGUUGAUUGAUGGAACAUAAUGUAAUGAAAAAGAAUGAGAUGGAAUGGUAUAAAAAUAAUGAGAUGGAGUGGUAUAAAAAUAUCUUUCAGUUGUAUGGAUAUUUUAUGAUAGAAUAGAACAAAUUCAACACUCCACUAUUUGGAUAGUAGACUGAACAGAUAGUGGACUGAACAGAAUGGAUUGUUGCUUUUCUUAUUCCUAUAUUACAUGACCAGAUUGGGGUUAAAGGAGGUUCAAAUCCAUGUUCAGUUCAUCAGUUGCAUUUCCAUUAUCAACAUGUUGUUUAUCACAUCCCUUCAUUGUAUGUAUUCUUCCUAUUCCUAAUUGUGGUUAGGUUUUUCUGCUGAAUAAUUAUAUUCCUUAGGAUGUUGGUUUUAGAUUUUAUUUGAUGAUCUAAAUACAUUAGAUCCACUAUGGGAGGUUAGGUAGAGCUCUUUUUAAGGAGUAAACCAUCAAUUUCAGCCCUGAAUGUUAUCCUUGCUAACGAUUUCGUCAAUUUCGUAUAACAUUCUAAUUUGAGUGAAGUAGCAUUUUUUUUGUGUGUGCACCAAGAGGUUAACUCCAAAGCCGGUAGCUAUGAGACUAACUCCUUAGAGGCUCUCAUACCACAUUAAGUGAGUAUGUCUCAAACAAAUCAUUCUCCAUUGAGUGAAGUAGCAGUGAUAAGGAAGCAUGAAUGUGUUUCUACUGAUAUUAUUAUUUUUCCAACGGAAUGGACAGCUUGCUGCCUAUGUUUAGGAAUGUGAUAUGUGGCAUAGCAUGAUACUUGUGAUCAUUUUCAUGGCUUGUUUAAUUGUCGGGUAAAAAUGGGAAGUCUUAUUGCCUUUAGUGUAAGUUGUGGUUUAUUCCCCAUCAGAAUCAAAUCACUUGUCCUCUUUGUAGAAUUUGUAAUGUGUCAUUUUUCAAUUGGAGGGACAGGAAGCCAUUUGGAUUGAAGAAAGGGACAGGCAACAAGCUCUUCUGAUACCAUAGAGAGGUAGAGGAGAAUGGGUUCUAUUGUUCAGUUGAAAGUAAUUAGUGGUGGAAAGUAACUGUUAUUAGUGGAGAGGAAUUAUUGCUAUUAAUGUUAGUGGAGGUAAUUAGUGGUUACGGGAGUGAUUAAGGGAAUAGUUGUGACUCUUUGGUUGAUGUUACAAUUAUCAAAGAACCCUAAACCCAAAAUGAAAAUUGAGUAAUUAGAACUGAUAAACUUAGGAAAUCCUAGAUCAACAACAUCCUAUAGCAAUGACUAGAAAUCCUUUUCUAUCGUUUUUUUCUUUUUGUUUUGCUUUUCUUCUUAUUACAGUAUUUACCAAGCAUGUUGUGUGAGCAAAUGCAAUAAAAACUUGAGCUAGAGACACUAAUUAAUGGCCCACAAAGCUAAUUUGGUACACGUUCAAUGUAUAAACAAAGAGAUUUGUGCUUAUGAAAAAACAGAGAUUUAUGCCAUUUAUGUUCUUUGAUCGAUUGCUAAAUAUUUUAUUUGAUUGGGAAAUCGCUUAAGGGGCACAUUGGCUGUGGAAAUAUAGUAAUAUACACGUGCAUGCGUGGUGAAAUUGAAAAGAAAUGAUACAUCAUACAUAGUCACAUGACAAUUCAAAUCUUACCUCUGUUUCAAUGCUUCCUUGUCGAUUUUAGCUGGGUAAAAUUUACUUGUCCGUGUGUUUUUCGUUUGCUUUUUCAUCUGUCAAUCGAGCAAUUACCAAUUAGGAAUUGCAGAUCGUGCAAUGUCUUGAUGUUCAUGAGGUUUGAUCCAACUUGCUUGAUCCUAACACACGUAUUUGGUUGUUACAAAGAUAUCUUGAAUUUCAAAUUGUGUGUUUCAACAAUUUGUUACCGUAACCGUAUUAAUUAUAAAUGUAGCACACCUCAGCCAGUUUCUACAUACGGUUUUGUUUUACAGUGCUUUGCAGGAUGGAUUCGUAUUCAAGACCAGCUAAGGAGGCGGAAGGGGAGAGCACAAAUGGGACACCAAACUGGCUUAAACUUCCAAGAGAAUUGACAACAAACAUACUUCAAAGGCUUAGUGUGGAAGAAAUUUUGAUGAGUGCAAGUCAAGUGUGCUCUUUAUGGUGGAGCAUCUACAAGGAUCCUCUCAUGUGGCGCACCAUUGACAUGAUCCCCCAUGCCUAUCAUUCAAUCUCCAAAUUGGUGAUGAUUUGUAGAAAUGCGGUUGAACGAAGUUGCGGUCAUCUCAAAGAAAUUAGUAUUGAGCGUUUUGCCUCUGAUGAUCUCCUCAAAUACAUUGCUGACAGUGACAGUGCAAGCCAACUACGCAGUUUGCGGCUUCCACAUUGCAGUGCAAUUUCAGAUGUAGGAUUGAAGGAGGCUGUGAAGAAGCUCCCAAUGUUAGAGGAGAUUGACAUUUCAUUUACCAAUCUAUCUAAGGAUUCUCUUGAAGCUAUUGGGCUUUGUUGCCCUAUGCUGAAAACAUUAAAAUAUAACACCGUGCGUGACAUUUUUGCCUAUGAUGAAGUGGCGUAUUCUAUUGCAAAAACCAUGCCUGAGCUUUGUCAUCUAGAGAUCUCAAGAAUCAAGAUCAGUAAUAAAGGCUUGGUUGCUAUACUAGAUGGUUGCCCUCAGCUUGAGUAUCUUGACCUGAAAUCUUGUCUUGGUCUUGAUUUGAGUGGAAGUUUGAGGAAGAGGUUGUGUGAGCAGGUCAAAGAGAUACGGCUUCCAUUUGCCUUGGAAUAUUACAAUUCAGAUGAUUCCUAUGACAUUGGUUUGGAAUUUGAUGCUAAUGCGGACUGGGAAAGUGAAGAAGAUCGUAUUUCCCAGUUUAUUGAAUUCUUUACUGUCCGAUUUGAUUGGAGUACUGGAAAUAUUUAAAUCACAUGUCAUUUUCAGUAAUUUUGAUCACUGUUCACGGCAUUAUUUUGAUGGAGUGACUGAAAUCUUAAGUUUGGUGUUAGGAGUCAUGUUUUUUGAGUGAAGACUUAGGAUUGGAAAGUCUGUUAUUUUUUUGAAAUAUUGCCGUAUUGAAAUUUCUGAUGAACUUUGCACGCUGCAUUAGCGGAUGGCGUUUUGAAUUUAUAAUAUCAAGCUGGUGGCUUAUGUUUUUGGGUUCUUCUAGCUAAUAUCUGGCUUGAUAUUUGUGGUAUUGUUUUUUGUGUUUUGGAAUUGUAUGAAGGAAUGGAAAAAUAUCCGUGUUAUUUUCUUAA